GAGAGGGCGCACCCCGCCAGCUACCUGGACUCGGGGUACUUCGACAUGGCGGCGCUGUCGGCCGUCAAGGAUGCCGUGGCGGAGGCCGUGCGCGAGCUGGUUGGCGACAAGCCGAGUCCGAGCCGCAGCCGCAGCCCUAAUGGGCUCAGCCCGGGGCACAGCCCGGGGCACAGCCCGGGGCACAGCCCGGGCUUGGGCCACUUGCAGGUGGAGGAACACCGACCAAACUCCACGUCUCGGCCCAGUCGCUCCCGCGACGGCGCGCCCGGCAGCAGAGGCAGGGCUGAGUCCGAAGGCCCCACGCCGCGCAGCGGCCUCGGCGUCGACCUAGAAGAGGACGCGAUGGCAGCGCGCGGACGCAGUCGGUCUACGGACGCUCGGCCCGACGGGGUCAGGGGGGAGACCGGCGCCUUGAAAGUGAACGGCAGCACGAAGCUGGACACUCGGGGUGCGCAUCAACGCUACGUACGUGGGGAGACCUACAUGAGUCAUUACAAGAAGAAGCGGGAGGAGCGGGAGAGGGAGCGGCAGAAGGCUCUCCAGGACGGAGACGUCCUGAAGCGGCCGCGGCCGGGAGGUCGCCGCUCAGCCCAGGGCGCGCAGGACGCAGCCGUUCCGGCGCCCACCGUGGUCUCGGUGACGCGCGAGCAACCGCAGCAGCAGUCGCAGCCAGGGGGGCGGCGCUCAACCCAGGGUGCGCAGGCCGCAGCCGUCCAGGCGCCUUCCUUGGCCUCGGCCCCCCGCGAGCAGCCGCAGCAGAGGCCAACGCCGAGGACUAACCGCACGACCGAAGCCAGGCGCGCCAGGGCCGCCGACACGAUCCGCCGUCUGGACGCCGAGGCCAGCAGCAAGGAGGCCGAAGAGCGACAGAGGUCGAAAGGGGAGCACACCGUCAGGAAGACUUACAUCGACCAGCCCAGGCCACACAUCGACGACGUGGGAAGAAGCGCAAUAUUUCAGGACACCGGACGGCGGAUCCCGCUGAACGAGGUGGCGCGACGGGUCAGCGACGAGGACACCAUCAGACGGCUGCACGAGGAGGGAGUGCUCUCCGUUGUGGGGGCGCAACCCACCGUCGGCACCACCACCGGCGUCGCCACCGACGCAUCCAGCAAGGGCGUCCCUUUCGACGACGACCUGGACUCGGGGAUCGUCAUGUCACGGGUCGGGGGCGCCGGGGUCGGUGGCACUGGUCGCAAGAGGAAUCAGCAGCUCAUGGAGAAGAGGAGCAUCUUCACGAUCGCCUACGACGAGAUGCACACCCAGCACAUCAGGGCAGACAGCACGACCCCGCCGCACUGA